AUGGAAGCUGUACCAAAUUCAACUCAAGACACUUCAGGGGCUAAUUCUAACAGUGUCAAGAGUGAAGACAGCAGCCCUCGUCAUGAAGGAGGAAGAGGCUCACCGCCGCCUAAUUGUGCAAUAUGUCUUGGUACAUGCCGAAAUAAAUCCUUUACUGAUUCCUGCCUUCACCAAUUUUGUUUCAAAUGUUUACUUACUUGGAGCAAAGUUAAAGCAGAAUGUCCUUUGUGUAAGCAAACCUUCCGAUCAAUCAUUCAUAAUGUUCGGUCUAACCAUCAAUAUGAGGAAUAUAUGGUGGAGCAAAGGCAAACUGAAGAAAUUGCUGAAAGAAUUGAUAUGGAUAGCAUUGUUGCAGUCAAUAGAAGAUUUAGAUACAGGACAACGUUAACACUGCCGCGGCGCGAGACGAUAGCCAUUCAACAGCUGUUGUUGCGCUACCCGAUGAUGGCGGACAUGUUCCCGUCCGCGCACCGCCGCCGCUCGCCCGCCUCGUUCCGCCGCACCGUCUACCGCUACAACCUAUGGGCGCGCCCCUUGCCGGACUUCACCGGCAGAUUCCGAGAUUGCACACCAGAGUUUUACAGGUACAAUGAUUCUCAAAUGCACCGGUUAGUACCGUGGCUAAAUAGGGAACUUCAUUAUUUAUUAAAUGAAAAUGUAGGACACAUUUCAUAUGUAAUAUCGAGAAUUUUAGAAUUACUCCCUCAGUAUCAUAUCAACUCAAGUGAGUUUAGAAAUAUCAUGCAACGCUAUUUCGGAGAAAGAACGUUGCAUUUCCUCCAUGAACUUUACUGCUUCGCGUCGACGCCGUACGACAUGACCGGGUACGACCGCAACGUGCAGUACACAACGGACACGCGGGUGUCCACCAUGGUCAACGAGGUGCUCUCCAGCACGGAGUCGGAAGCCAGUGUCGACUCGGACAUCGUGAUGAUCUCGAGCUCGGAGCCGGCCGACCCGCCGCCGGGCCCCUCGCGCGUAGCCGCGCCCGCCGCGCCCGCGCCCGCCUACCCGCGCCACUACAUCCCGGAGCCCGCCUCGUCCGACAACGUCAUCCCUAUCGAGACCAUCUCGCAGUCCGACACCGACGACGACUCCUCCGAGGUCAUGGUCGUCGGCUACAUCAAGCCGCCGCAGGACCGCACGCCUGAAGUGGUCGACCUGCUCGGCUCUGACAGCGACGUCAUCGUGCAAGACGGCGACGUGCAGCCCAAUGAAGGCCCCUCCCCGCCCGCCCCGCGCACCUCGCCCGCCCCGCCCGCCGCGCCGCUUGUCAAGCUCACGCUGCGGCGGCACGACGCGCGAGACACGCCCGACUCGGACAGCGACAGCGCCAGCGCCUACACGCCGUCGCCGCCUGCCGCCGCGCCCGCCCCCGCCGCCCCCGCGCCCGCGCCCGCCCCCGCCCGCCGCAAGCGCCGCCGCUCCGCCGAUGCCAGCACCACCUCGAAUUCGCGCCGCACGACGCCCUCUCCCACCCUCUCCGAGCUGAGCUCCUUGUUCACCGACUGCACGCAAUCCACCUCCUCCUCCGAUUCCUCCUACGAUACCAGCACCGACUCCGACGCCUCCGGCAGGGAGCCGCGACAUAAGAAACUGCGGAGGGUGCCCACCUACUCGGAGAGAUGUAGACUCACGCGGAAGCGGAAACAGCGGAUGCCACCUAAGCGGUCGCAGCGCAAGAAGAAAUCUAGCAAAGAUCGAAAACGGAAGUCAAAGUCAAAUUCCGGAAAGGGGGUGAAGAGUUCGAAGAGCCCGGAGACCAGUGCGGAGCCGGCGCCGGCGCCUGCUCCGGCGCCGGAGCAGGCGGGACCGAGUGGCGCCAAGCGGCGCAAGCUGAGCGGCCGCGAGAGCAAAAGACUGAGAAGCGUAGUGAAGGUCAUCAAUGACCAGCGCGCGGAGAGCGAGGCGGGCGCGGCGCGGGGCCGGCGCGGGCGGCGACACGCGCACGACUCCGACUCCGAGGACGACUUGCCGCUCAACCUGACCGUGCCGAACUCCUCUACUUCCUUG